AUGAGCGAAAGCUCAAGUAGUGGUUGUCCUAGGAGGACCACAACAAACUAUUCUACAACAAUUAAACAGAUACUUAGAAAGCAACAUACAAAAACUACCGAAGAAACAGAACAUAUGCAAGAAAUAGAAGAUAUUACUAAUGAAAUUAACAAUGUUAAGGAUAUCCAAAUUAUAAUUGAAGUUAACAAUAUCAAUAGAACCAAUAGUAAAGGAAAAGGAAAA